AUGGCAAAAAUCAUUUUGUUUUGUGUGCUCAGCCUUUUGGCAUGCGCUGCAGGUCAACGAAUUACCACCAUACAUCUGGAUGGCGUGCAGUACUUUAUCAGCCGUAUGAAUCCGUACUCGCCGGAGCUGAACUACUUCCUGGCCUACCAGUACUGUCGAUCGCUGGGAUUGCAGCUGGCCUCGUUCGAGACCAAGGAGAAGGCCGAGUCGAUGACCACGUAUCUGAAGAAUGCCGGCUACGGCAACUAUGAUUUCUGGACAUCCGGAAAUCGCUUGGGCACGGGCAUGUUCCUAUGGAUGAGCACCGGACUACCGUUCAAUGCCACAUUUGACUUCUUCGAGAACUCGGCCGAUGCCAUUCAGGCCGGCCUGCUCGAUCCCGUCGAUCACAACAGCAACACCUCACCGCAGCGCACGGCACGUGACAGCAGCAGUGGUGCCGAGAAGGGCUGCGUCAUACUGAAGCAGCCGACGCUCAAGUGGAUGCCCGAGGACUGCUCGGCCGUGAAGGACUUCAUUUGCGAGCAGACCCGCUGCUAUUACUACAACUAUGGCAGCAUUCCGGUGUCGUCUGCGCAGGGACGCCCCAUCACCUCGACCACGCCACGCACACCCGCCGCACUGCUGGGCCUGCCCAGCACAACUCCACUGCCGCUCAUCAUGUCCACCAGCGCCGGGGGCAGUCUGUUCGCCAAGCCCAAGUCGUCGUCGGGAAUAACAGUCGACAGUGCGGCAGAUGCAGCUCAGCAGCCGUCGACGGUGUGGUUCAAGCUGAAUCACGAUCGGUCGCUGGUCGACUCGGAUGCCGCCGAUGUGGAGACAGACCUGGAGGCGGACGUUGAGGAGCACGACGAUGCCGACGGCGAUACUGAUUUCGAUGAGCACGAGCACGAAGGCGGCGAUGCCUCCAAUGAGCAUGCACGCGAGCUGACCGACGGCGACGACGUUAAGGAGCACGUUUUUCCGCUAAACGACAAUGAGCUGCACAACGAAAUGCACUCCAUCGAGGAGCUGCAGCUGCAGCUGCAAUCCCAUGCCAACGACGACCAGCCCGAGCACGAGGAGGAUGUGCCAGAUGCGGACGAGAACGGCAACGCAGAUCACGAGUCUGAGUCUGAGACGGACUCGCAUUUCGAGUCGUCUGUCAGGGUCAGCGAUGCACCACCAGCUGCGCUGCCCAGCUCCACGGAGUCGCCGGCCAUUGAGGUGCGUCUCAAGCAAAUCGCCCAGGACUUUGAGAAGAUGACCAGCUCCCAGGAGUUGCAGCGUGCCGCUGCCGUCGUCAGCAAGGACGAGAUCAGCCCCCAGACGUCGCUCUCGCUCAGCGAUCUGAUUCGCACGUUGCGUCCCAACGAGCAACAAAUCAUACCGCAGAUCGACUCGGACUACUCCAACGCCAUGCGUGUCCUGGGCAAGACCUCCGCCGUCGUUGGCAACGACGAUUCGCGUAAGUUCAAGGUGUUGCCAGAACCGCACAGCUUUUAGUUUUACACAUAAUAAGUUUGUCGAGCGUAAGGAGCUAGGUUUUGGGGCCCUGACGUGGGUUCCACUGAGGAAUGUUCAUUUCAAUCACCAUGCAAAAUGACGCUUCUCUCUGCGGACCCACGACAGUUUAUACUCUCUGUAGAAAUUAAUGAACACCUUUCCAUGCCGCCUAGACAG